CCCUCUGACGCCGCUGCACGAAGCCUUUAUGGCUUCAGAGCUCAGCCGCAUUCAAUGGCCAUCGUCCGUGGUACUGCCACACCACACCACUGUAGAUAGUCAGGGCCAGCCCCUCCCUCAACCUCUCUCUCCCUCUCUCUCUGUGGAGUGGUGGACCAUUUAUUCCCAGCACCACAGCUACAAGGAACCCCUGCCCAUGUGAGCGCGAUCCCUGAUAUAAGUAGCAGCUGGAGUAGCUGCUAGCGAGCGGUACCCUACCCGGCUGCUUCCCUCAUUCAUUCAUCCAUUCAUCACUCAGUGCUUACUGCUUAGCUACCACCAAGCUUCGCUUCAGUCCAGCCGAUCGAGCUCCCUCCCUCCCUCACUCACUCACUCAUGGAGCCGCUGCUACUUUACUCCUCGCUUCUGCUUCUCCUUUUGCUAUCCCCCCAGUCCCAGGGCCUAGCCUCCACUCAAGGUAGAGGGCCGCCGCAUUACCAGCUGGAGAAGCCGGCCCCAGAGGCGGUGGGGGUGCCGGAGGGCGCGGAGGCGACGUCGGCGGCGAGGAUCGGGUCGAGGCCGCCGCGGUGCGAGGGGCGGUGCGCCAUGUGCGGCCGGUGCGAGGCGGUGCAGGUGCCGGUGGCGCCGCGGGACAAGGGGGGGAGCCACUACUUCCGCCUGUCCAGAGCCGCCUUCGGCGGCGGCGACGACGGCGAGGGCUCCACCAACUACAAGCCGCUCAACUGGAAGUGCAGGUGCGCCGACAGGAGGCCGAUCCUCGGCCCGUGAGCGACGACCGACGCCUGCUCAAGAAAGAAGACGUUUGAUCUGACGAGCUUCCAGCAUCUUUGAUCCCUCCCAUCACAGAUCACAUGGCUACUGUAAGUCGUUGUUUGCGACAAGAAGAUGUUGGGACAAGUUUUGGUCGGUUUUUAGGGUAUACAAGUUGAUGAUGAUGCUGAAUGAUCCACUACGUACUGGAGUAGCAGCAGUAGUUUGGAGCCAGUGUUGCACUAAUCGAUCAAGGGGGUAGCUGCAUGAGGCGUUGUGUUCACAGCUGCUUCCGAGGGCGUUCCCUAUAUUGUACCAUAAGCUUGGCGGUGUAAUUAAGAGGCUGAUGAUAUCA